AUGGAACUUGAUCUCCGUGCUCAAUGGCGUCUGAGAAACGAUAUACUCGCCAUCGCAUCAGGUCGCACGCCAUCCAGCGUCAUUGAUAGUCUACCAACUUGUGUCUUUGCAAUCUGGCAAGGCGGCUCAUGUGUCACGCCGAAGCUGGAGGCAUUGCCUGUCGCGGGCAAGGGCAAGGGCAAAAAUCGAGCAGGUCCUGAGAGCGAUCGUCUCCGUCUAGAAGCCCUUGCAGCAGCAGCUUCGAGAGAGCCUCGUUGUCCCAUCUGCCUGGACGAGUACGAAGCCGACACGAUGCUCAUGAGCGCGCCUUGCAACCACGCUUUCCACAAAGGUGCGUCUGUCGAGUCCACAGCUUGCAACAAUUGAUUGCUGUUGCUGACAAGCUUCAGUCAUCUGAAAUCGCAUCCAACAGACUGCCUUAAGACCUGGUUGUCUACGCGUCGCACGUGCCCCAUGUGCCGCUAUGAUGUGGGAGCAUAUGGCAGCCGCAACAUUGUAGGCCGACCCGGACAGAGCGAAGCUCAAGACGCAGCAAUCGCUGCAGCCUCGCUUCUACCAGAGCCCAAUCAGUGA